AACAAUUUGUAUCAUAACUACAAUAUUGUUGGUUUGAGUUAAAUAUUUUUGCGCGAAGUGCACGAGAGAACUCGUUUAAAGAACGGAAACUGGACGUCUUAGUCUGUUUCUUUCCUUCUGGGUUGAGAUGGACAAAUCCUUUCAUAAGGCGAUGGGAAACUCGCCGGGACGCGACGCAGAGACCAUUUUUAACGCUAAUUCAUCAUCAAGUGUGUCAUGAAAACUCCAAUGAAAAUCUCUGUUCUUUCGAGCGUGGUUUUGUUUUCUCCGAAACGAGUGCAGAAAUUCAAAAUGGCUCGAAUCUGUAGGCUAACCACAGCGAAAAAAAUAAUCUCAGCGCCUUUUUAAGGUAGCAGCACGUCCAGGCUUUUUAACAAGGAUAUAGGAUGGGCACUGUAACGUAACAUGAAUGCCUAAUGGAUCUGGGUGGAGCAAGGCGUCUCGUUUACCCUUUGACCUCUUAGAGUGACGAGAAUCUAACUUCUCCUUACAAUAUCACCCCUUAAUCAAACAUUAAGGUCACGAGAAUAGAGGAAACGAUCACUAACUAAAGAAGCUCUCGAUUUUUGAAAAAAUUCUCUCUGUCAACACCUUUGUAGCCUGCGUUGCAGACAGUCUAAACCGCCGGUAUAGACAGUACGGACUAUACCGGGAAUUGUGUGACACGUCCGGCUGCAACGCAGGCUACACCUUUGGAAAUGUGAGUAGAACAGGAUGGAGAAUAUACAUACCGAUAUUAGGGUGUAAAGGAGUGUUUACACGACAUAGGGUGUAGUCAGCGUGUCUUUACACGACAUAGGGUGUAGUCCGCGUGUCAUAAAUAUUGUAUGACUCGGCGGCGUUUAAGCAAUUUGGAAGUCAUGUGACCUAGGCUCAUCUCGAGCUGCAGCAAAUAGCUUGGGAUAUUGAAAUAGCAUCCACUGUCGAGUGGUUGCCAUUUCAAUAUCCUUGAGAGGUUACGGAGUGAAUUUGGUCGGUGCACUACGGCCUGAUACGAACCAAGUGCAACACAGUUGUACCUUAUCAACAGGACUUAGCUCCUCGGGUCAGCAGUUUCAUUCACGAGACAUUCUAAUGCGUUGAUAGUAAACCCGUGAAGGUUGCCGUACCUGACACAAUGUUUUCCAGAGUUGUUUGGAGUUUGCUUAUCCUGUCAAAAACAUUUUGGAUCGUUUUCUCCAUCGAAUUGAAGCGGGAAAGCAGCAAAUGCCCGAGAGAAUGCGAAUGUACCACUACGAGCCAAUUUUUUAUGUCCUGUGGCUCCAAAGGAAGUUUGACUACUAUUCCAUCCUCUAUACCUCUUGAAGUGGAAUUCUUAUCAAUUUAUAGGAACAUGGUUACAGAGAUACCGGAGACCGCUUUGAGAAAUUUGACAAAUUUGAUGACCUUGAAUUUGCGGUCGAACAAAUUGCGUGAUUUUCCGGCGACAGUGUUUCGUGACUUGGCGAGACUCAAAUCUUUCAACGCUGGUUUCAACAAGCUGUCGUCACUACCAGGGCUUCUCUUUCACGGAUUAAGAGACCUCCAACAGAUUUAUCUUGAUAAUAACGCCAUCGAGAGCAUUCCCGAGGAAUUGUUUCAAGAUCUACCGUCCUUGAGGCAAUUAGAUCUCCACCGCAAUAAACUCAAGAAGUUCCCCGGAAAUGCUUUUCGAGGAUCUUUCUCUUUACAAGUUCUGUCACUAGCAAAUAACCACUUAACAAGCAUUAGCAUAGGAACAUUUCAUUACCAGAACUCGCUUAAGACGCUUACAAUCAGAGACAACAGAAUCAUGAACAUAUCGAAAAACGCAUUCAGAGACCUCAGAGAACUACAAACGCUGCGACUUCAAAACAACAACAUAUCUACAAUUCCAGAAGGAGCUUUCGGUGGAUUGAAGAGAGGUAUAGAGGUUUAUCUUAAUGAUAAUCCGUUUCACUGUGGCUGCGAAUUGCGUUGGUUAAAAGUCUGGUUGAGAUUCAAAGCAAAAUACAUCCCCUCAACUGCUUUCCGUGCAACGUGUUCAAAGCCAGAGCAUUUAAAAGGAACGUCCGUUAUGCGCGUAGCAAAUGACCAGUACAACUGCGUGAAUGGUCGAUGGACAAAUUGGAGCCCCUGGAGUGCUUGUAGUAGCACUUGCGGAGCCGGUGCACGAGCCUCGAUAAGGCGCUGUACAAAUCCUCCGCCAGGGAGGGGAGGAAAGAAUUGCAAAGGGAGAGAUACAAAGACAAAGAGCUGCCACGGCCGGGCCUGUACAGCGAGCUGGACGGCCUGGUCAGAAUGGAGUCCAUGCAGCAAAUCUUGCUCAACAGGAAUGAAAAGAAAGACUCGUUCUUGUCGACACUCUCUCACUGGGUUGAGUAGUAACACCUGUAAUGGGCCUUCACAAGAAACACGCAGUUGUACUAGAGGGCCCUGCAGAGAUAAAGGCGAAUGGAGUCCAUGGUCUUCUUGUAGUGUAACGUGUUCUUGGGGAACUAGAAUGAGAGUCAGAACGUGUAAGGACUCACAAGUCAAAAACACGGGACAACCAUGCCUUGGAAUCGAAAUUUCCACAGAAAUGUGUUAUUUAGGCUUCUGCCCAAUUCAUGGUGGUUGGUCGGCCUGGUCUAGUUGGUCAAGCUGUAAUGCAUCAUGUUCAGGGGGUAUAAGGACAAGAAACAGAACAUGUACCAACCCCCUUCCUCAGUAUGGUGGGAAGAUUUGCAAUGGAGAUUCAGCCCAAAAACAUAAUUGCAAUACAGAGCCAUGUCCCACCCAUGGAGGAUGGACUGCCUGGUCAAAUUGGUCCCACUGUUCAGUGACAUGCUCAAGGGGCUCUCAGGUGAGAAUUAGGAGUUGUAGUUACCCAACACCACAACAUGGAGGUCGCAACUGCUCUGGAAAUCCCUCUAAUCUUCAGAAUUGUGACCUUGGUCCAUGUCCUAUCCAUGGAGGAUGGACAACCUGGUCAUCAUGGUCCCACUGUUCAGUGACAUGUUCAAAGGGCUCUAAUGUGAGGUUUAGAAGUUGCAGUGAUCCAAAACCUCAACAUGGAGGUCGUAACUGCUCUGGGAAUUAUUCUAAUCUUAAGUAUUGUGACCUUGGUCCAUGUCCAAUCCAUGGAGGAUGGACAACCUGGUCAUCAUGGAGUGACUGCAGCAAAACGUGUGCAAAUGGGACAAGAAGUCGCAACAGAACUUGCAGUAAUCCCUUUCCACAAUUUGGGGGUAGAAAUUGCUCUGGUGAGGCAACAGAAAUCAUUUCAUGUACUAAAGCACCUUGCCCCAUUCCUGGAAAAUGGGCAGCUUGGUCACAGUGGACUGAGUGUAGCAAAAGCUGCUCCACUGGUAGAAAGUCUAGGGUACGAACUUGCAACAACCCUGCCCCCAAGAAUGGGGGUCAACCUUGUAAUGGAAACACUAUUCAGACUGAAAAUUGCCAGCAAAUACCGUGUCCUAUUCAUGGAGGGUGGAGUGAGUGGUCAAACUGGGCUGAUUGCACUAAGACCUGUCAUAACAGUACAAAGUCAAGGAAAAGAACAUGCAACAAUCCCCCAGCACAACAUGGAGGGAAAAAUUGUCCUGGUAAUUAUAGCCAAACUGAGUAUUGUAGUCAGCAUGCAUGUUCUGUAAACAUAGAAUGGUCAGAAUGGUCAACCUGGACAAGUUGCAGUAAAUCCUGUGAUAUUGGACACCAGACAAGGACACGACAGUGCAAGAAUUUAACUCAUGAAGCUGUUGAAAGAGUAAGCAUUGUUUCUUGCAGAGGAAAUCAGACUGAAAUGAGGACCUGCUUGCAAGGACUUUGUCCCAAUCAAAGCAUAUCUAAUGAAUGGUCAAGCUGGACUCAAUGUUCUGUCAGUUGUGGAUUGGGAAAGCAACAUAGAUUCAGAAAUUGUAGUGGAAAUGGAGAUACAAGUUAUGAAGGUUGCCAAGAUUCAAAGGUACAGGUGGAAACUUGUUUUGAGAAAGAGUGCCCAGUGAAUGGUGGAUGGAGUAUGUGGUCUAACUGGACCACAUGUUCCUCAUCUUGUGGUACUGGAGGCCAGGUGAAAUUUAGAUUCUGCACCAACCCCAAACCAGAAGCUGGUGGGGAUGGUUGUCAUGGUGAAAAUGUCAUGUAUAAAAGCUGCAUUAUCAAGCAAUGUGAUCAAAAUGAUUCUUUCUGGUCUUCUUGGACAAGUUGGUCCCACUGUUCCACAACUUGUUCUAAGGGACAUCAGACCCGUUUGAGGUACUGCAGACGGAGACUAAGUCCCUUUCAUCUCGGAAACUGUACAGAUGCCAAGGAAGGACCCAUCCAAGUAGAAAGCAACAUCUGUGAAGUAAAACCCUGUGCAUUAUGGAGUAGCUGGUCUCCAUGGGGAGCUUGCAGCCAAACAUGUGGUGGUGGCACAAAAAAGAGAACUAGAAAAUGCAAUGGCCUUGAUAGUGACAUGAUUUGUGAAGGAAAUAAUUCACAAGCCAUAGAAUGCAACCCAGAUUCAUGUCCAACAAUUCAUCCAAUAACAUAUCCUGCAAAAAUUUCUUUGGGAACACCGAGUCUAUGCCCUGAUCCUGAAAAACCUCACAAUGGUUAUUUCAAGAAAAUUGAACAAUAUGGAUCUUACUAUGUCUCAUAUCAUUGUAAGCAGCAUUAUUUUGUCCAUGGACCAAGACUAAGGCAUUGUGAAAAUGAUGGUAUUUGGUCUGAUGAUGUUCCUUUCUGUCUUCCCAUAUGUGGAGUCUCCAGGUUGAGCCAUGACAAUACACAUCAUUCCCGUUUAAGGAUAUUUGGAGGUGGCACAGCCAUGCCUGGUCAGUGGCCAUGGCAAGUAGCUUUGAUUGUUGCUGAACGUUUUCACUGUGGUGGAUCUCUUGUUGCAGAAAACUGGGUUGUAACUGCUGCUCAUUGUGUAUACCACAGGCAAACAAAAAAGCUUUAUUCCAGUAUCAAAAUUCAUCUUGGAGUUCAUGAUAUUACAUAUGGACUAAGGGAUCCACAUGUCCAAAGUACAGACAGUAUAGAAAUAGUGCCCCACCCAAACUUCGACUGGAGGAGUUUUGACUCGGAUUUAGCCUUGAUAAAACUUAGAAGGAGAGCCAAUAUGACUGAUCAUGUACGUCCAGUGUGUUUACCUAGCAAGCAGCAGAGGCGCAAAGUAACUCCUGGUACAAUGGGUGUCAUGCUAGGGUGGGGUGUCACAGAUACAGAAAAGAAUACAACUGAAUUACAACAAGUUGACAUGCCAGUUGUCUCUCAUAAAAACUGUCAAAAGGCUUAUGAGAGUGAGACAUGGCUUGUUACAUCUAACAUGCUCUGUGCAGGGUAUUCUAGUAACCGUAAAGAUUCUUGCAAAAGAGACAGCGGGGGAGGGUUUCUAUUCCGUGAUACAAAAGGUAAAAAGAAGAAGUGGUUCCUGGGAGGGAUAAUUAGCUGGGGUAAUCCUAAAUGUGGAAUUCCUGGUAAAUACAGUGUUUUUACUCAUAUUAAUGGCAGAUUUACAAGAUGGAUUAAAGAUCAUGUAUUUUAUACCUAAAAUGUAUUUUAAAAAGCUGAACAUCCAACUUUCUUUUUUAGUGUUAAUGUUGUCAAUAUCUGCUACAUUUCCUUCAAAUACCUUGUCUAUUUUAAUGCUUAAUAAAGCAUUGCUUUCCAAGUUUUUAGUUUUUAUUGACACAUAGACAAAUAUUGCCAUCAGGCAUCAGAAAUGUUUUGUACAUAAUUUUAAAAUUUCACAAGUUGGUAUAAAAGCCUAAAUAGUAUUGUCAAUGUGGUUUUAUUACCUGAAUUCCCAUAAUGAAACAUCUAUAAUACUAUUAUUAAUAGUAUUUUUCUAAACCUUAAAAACUCCUGAAAAUUGAAUUAUUGAUUCAAACACAACCCAGGAUUUAAGAGAAAACUUAAAAGUUUUGGAGAAUUUUUCUCAAUGACAUAACCAAACAUAACCAAAUACAUAUUAAGUCCAUUCAAGUAAAUCCAGUCUGAUAUAAUUUCAUAGAAAUGCAUAUAAAAAUGAUAAAAUAAUUGUAUUUUAGCAUAUAUCAACUGUAUAUGUAAACAAAUUUCAAGGCAUUUUAGAAAAAUAUUUUUGUAAGAUACAAGAUAAAGGACUGGUACAAAUUUAGCAAAAAUGGAUGCAAUUCACUGCAACAUCAUUGACUCUAGAAAAUCUAUCAUACCCUUUCAGAUCUGUAAAGCUCCAUUGUUUUUCAUUACUCCUCACCUCUUAUUCGUUCAAACCUUAAUUGUAUCUAGCGUGUCUUUCCACUUUAGCACAAAAGAACUGUAUAGCAGUAUUGCUCCCUAUGAAAUAUUUAUCAAAUAAAAAAUAAAAUAUCAUUUUUUCAACAAUU